AUGGAUGAAUUGAGGAACACCAUCAAAGGAAAGACGGACAAAAGCUUGGAGAGGAUCGUCCGGAAGACGGACUCACCUUUUACCAUGGCCGUCCAGGAGUGUCCAGUACCCUCCAAGUUCCAUCACCCACAGCUAGAACCCUUCGAUGGGCUGAAAGAUCCCUUGGAUCACCUAAAUACCUUCAGGACGACCCUAGGCCUUCAACAGCCACCUGAUGAGAUUUUGUGUCGCUCCUUCCCUACUACUCUCAAAGGGGUAGCUAGGGAGUGGUUCAACAAAUUGCCAACAUCGUCCAUUGAUAACUUCGAACAGUUAAGCAGUUCCUUUGUUCGUCAUUUCGUAGGCGGGCAGCGUCUAAAAAGGACUGCCAACCAUCUGCUCACCAUGAAACAAGGAGAGAAGGAACCAUUGAGGUCUUAUGUGACGUGUUUCACCCGAGGAAUGUUGGAAGUAGACGAGGCAGAUGACAAAGUACAUCUCACGACCUUCAAAGCAGGGUUGAAGUCCAGAGAUUUUGUGGCGUCUUUGGCAAAGAACCCCCCUAAGACAAUGGCUGAAGCAUUGUUGAAAGCACAUAAGUAUAUGAACGCGGAAGAAGCUCUAGCAGCCAUUGACGGAGUAGAAAAGAACAAGGAAAAGAAGAAGGAAAAGGAGGUCGAUCGACGAGGACAAAAAAAGGAUCGGGCUGAUGGACAGAAUGACGAAGGAUAUAGGCGGAGGGAGGACAAGAACCUUCGUCCAACGAAAUGCACACCGUUGAUGAUGCCCGUUGACCAGAUUCUAACAGAGAUAAGGGACGAAUUGUCUCUCAAGUGGCCAAGACCACUCCAUUCAGCGCCUAGUUUGCGCGACAAGAGAAAGUACUGCUGUUUUCACAAAGACCAUGGGCAUUACACGGAGGAUUGCAGGGACCUGAAAGAGAAGAUUGAAGAGCUCAUCCGUAAUGGGAAACUACAACGGUAUGUAAAAAGGGGAGAUUCCGGCAGGUAUAGACAGAAAAGGUAG